CGCUCGCUAAAGACCCAUCUAUCCUUUUUUAACCUUCCGCCGACCGUGCCCCCCGCUCCACGCAUUCAAUCCGGGUCCAAAAUCCACCAAGCACAGGAGGAACGGAACCACAAAUCGCUUCCCUCAAUUACCACAUACCAUCGCUUGAUCGCCACGACCACAGCUGCAACCACAGCCGCAAUCGCGGCCGCAACCAUCGAACACGGUUAAAACUUCAUAUCUCACAACUCGCAACAAUGCCUUGUGGUAUCGGGGGUUCCAAGACAGUCCAGCGCAAGCUUGUCUUGCUAGGCGACGGUGCCUGCGGGAAAACCUCGUUACUAAACGUCUUCACGCGAGGCUACUUCCCCACAGUCUACGAACCGACAGUGUUUGAGAACUACGUCCAUGACAUCUUUGUCGACAGCGUCCAUAUCGAACUGUCGCUAUGGGAUACAGCCGGGCAAGAAGAGUUCGACAGGUUACGGAGCCUGUCAUAUGACGAUACCGACCUGAUUAUGCUUUGCUACUCGGUGGAUAGCAAGGACUCACUCGAGAACGUCGAGAGCAAAUGGGUAGGCGAAAUCGCCGACAACUGCCCAGGCGUCAAGCUUGUUCUGGUAGCACUCAAGUGCGACCUGCGAGAGGCGGCAGACGAGGACGAGGCUGGCAACGGGGCAGCCAACCCCCGGGAGAAGAAGCCGAUGAUCAGCUACGACCAGGGGCUCGAAGUGGCCCGCCGCAUCCACGCGCUCCGGUACCUCGAGUGCUCGGCUAUGCGGAAUAGGGGAGUCAACGAGGCUUUCACGGAAGCCGCCCGCGUUGCCCUAUCAGUGAGGAAGGAGCGUGAUGAUUCCAAGUGCGUCAUCAUGUAGCGGCGAGACAGUCUCUGACGAUUUCGAUACCCCGUUCGAACCACCCUUGGGACGCACACGAACACGGACCCGCCGGCGGAUGAUGCCUGCCUUCACGGCCUGGCUAACUCGUCGGCAUCACCAAACUAACACCGGGCACCACAGUCCCGCGGCAUCACUUUCGCCGAAUUCACUUUUUGAUAUCACCUUUCAAGGGUUUUUCGUGACCAGCUUUACGAGACGGGUUGGGUUACCAUUCAGCGGUUCUGA